AUGACGGGUUUUGAGAGAGCAGUGGAGUGGCUUAAACCAUUUGUGGAUAGUAAGGCAUGGUAUUUCUACGUUGUCUGGAAAUUGGGUGAUGAUCCUUCUAAGUUUAUUGAAUGGAAGGAUUGUUGUUGUAGUGGUGGUGUUAAUGUCAAAGUUGAAAGGGAAGAGUUGCAGCACUCGAGUCCCCUAUGCAGGGAUGCUCACUUCCAACAUUCCAUACGAUUAAAGGCUUGUGAAGCUCUUUCCUGUUUUCUUUUCUUCAUGUCCCUCUAUGCUGGUGAAAUCAGGAUCCAUGGAAAGGUGGCUAUGUCAAAUCAACCAAAAUGGGUUAACCAUGCCAAUGCCUCUGGUUCACGUUCUUCACAUGAUACAAUGGGAACCCAAUUUCUGAUCCCAGUUCUUGGUAGUCUUAUAGAGCUCUCUGUUUCAAAGCAUAUACCUAAAGAUCAAAGCAUCAUAGAGUUAGUAACAACUCAAUGUAAUGCACUUUUAGAACCAGAAGUCAUGACUACAGAUAGUUAUGCAAAAGCAAAAAUUGACAAAUGGUAUCUCAAAACAUUUGGUACAGACUUUCAUAACUUGCCAUUUCCCAUUAGCUUGUCAACCUUCAUUCCUAGAAUGCAAGCUAUUCCCCCAAUAUCGAAUUCAAACUCCUAACCUAUCUUGGAUGGAUCGUCCAGCGGUUCCAGUCCCUUAAUUGAACAUCCCCCAUUUGCUUUAGGUUCUACCUACAUUUCUCAAGAUGAGCAACUGAAGCAAUUAGUUGGCACAUAUCAUGGAAAAAAAAGACUAAGAUGCAGCAAAAAUGUGUCAGAGCAAAAAGCAGGGUUUAUUGUGGAUCGUAAAAACAAGUCUGUAGAAGACAUAAUUGGAACAACCAAGCAGCUAGAAAAAGAGAAUUAUCAUUCUAAGAAUCUUACGAUAGAGAGGAAUAGAAGGAAGAAGAUAAAAGAUGGACUCUUCAAGCUACGAGCUCUAGUCCUUAAGAUAUCCAAGAUGGAUAGAACUGCUAUUCCUAUAGAUGCAAUCGAAUAUAUAGGAACUUUACUUGAGGAGGAGAAGAAACUCUAAGAAGAACUUAGGAAAAUUGAGGAAGAGGAUUGUGAAAAGUGUAAUGCAUAGCUAAAGUGUGCAAAGUUAGACAAGCUACAUAAGGACAACAUGUCUGCUAUUACCUUUGGCCUUGCUAAAAUGCCAAAAAACAAAGUACAUGUUGAAGUAAACCAAAUCACCAAAAUAGAGUUUUUGAUUAAACUCUGCUAUGAGCACAAACAAGGCGGGUUUGCAAAGUUGAUGCUAUGUAUAGAUUCUUUGGGACUUCAAGUGAUUGAUGCUAAUGUCACAACAUUUAAUGGCAAGGUUCUCAGUAUUUUCAAAGUUGAGGGAUUUUCAGUCCCAGAAAUUGAGAGACUUGUUGACCGACCUAACAAACUAGAAAAAUCAAAUUCCUGCUUGAAUAUAUAG